AUGUCUUCUUAUACUAUCAAAGGGACCAACGAGACAAUAAGAGGAGGAGACACCGUUCUAUUCAAUGCUGGAGGAAAUGAACUCCCCUAUGUGGGAUUUGUGAAAGAAAUCACUUUGGGCAGAAGUGAUCCAGAGGUAACUGUGGCCUGGUUUUACAGGCCUCGCGACACCUGUUACGCCAAUGCGAAGUUUAUUGGUAAGGAUGAACUCUUCUACUCUAAACAUAUAGAUAAACUUAGUGCCGAAACCAUUAUUGGCAAGUGCGUUGUCCAUCAUUUCACUGACUACCUUGAUCUUAAGAGUAUCGGCCCUACAGAUUUCUAUUGUCGAUAUAGAUAUGAUCAUAUCACUAAAAACCUCGACACAGGAAGAGAUAAAGUUGCUGUGUAUUGCAUAUGUGAAUUGCCUAAUAACCCAGAUCGCGUUAUGAUAAAAUGUGAAGGGAGCUGCCAUGAUUGUGGAACGGUUUGUGCCGGUCCGCCAAUCGACUCGGGACAUUGA